GUUAAUAAUUUAUAUACUUUCAUGUAUCUGAGCUCAACCAACACUAAACUGUACACACGAAGGUUUAUAUAAAUUAGGUAGAAACGCUGGAUUAUAAUCGAGAAUAACAAUUUUUCGAUUCUUUUAUCUAAUAAUUGCUCUUGCAAAUAAAUAUAAGUAUUUGCUGGGUAUUAAAAUAACAUCCCAAAGAGUUAUUUGCCCCUAAGCGUAAUUUGUGUGAGAAACAAGACUAUCUGACGUUACGUUCUUUUAUAAACUAGGCAAAUGGAUGUUGUUUUAGAAUUGGCAGACAACUAUGUCUUUGACUCAUUGUACGGCAAAGUUGUCGAUGCAUUUCACGUGUCCCCCAUGAUGGGAGCUUCGAGUGUGAACACGACUGCCCCUAUAUUUACUACUUCUGUUAGUGCCUCCUCUUCAAUCGCGUCUGCUUUACUCGAUCGCAAUAACUUGUUUCGACAAGGCCUUAGUUUGUUUUUCAUCACAUGGAUCAUGGGAACUUUAACGUAUUUUGUCUCUGCAUCUAUAGCUUAUUUUUUUUAUUUUGAUCGCGAAGAAGCCCGUCAGCAUCCCAAGUUUUUAAAGAACCAAGAGUUUUUGGAGUUGAAGGUUGCUUUGAUGAAUCUUCCUGGUAUGGCCUUAUUAACGUUUCCGUGGUUUUUGGCUGAACUCCGUGGGUAUUCUUAUGCUUACGAUAAUCCAUCUGAGUAUGGAUACUUUUAUUUGGGCUUUUCUGUUGUCCUAUUUCUUCUCUUUUCUGAUUUCUUUAUUUACUGGAUUCAUCGUGGUCUUCAUCACCGUUGGUUUUAUGCUCCUUUACAUAAAUUACACCACAAGUGGAUUAUCCCUACUCCAUAUUCUUCUCAUGCCUUUAACUUUCUUGAUGGUUAUAGUCAAUCUUUACCUUACCAUUUGUUUCCCUUCUUUUUCCCCUUAAACAAAUACCUUUACUUACUUUUAUUUGGAUCUGUCAAUUACUGGACUGUCCUUAUCCAUGAUGGAAAAUAUUUUUCAAAUAAUGCCGUAAUUAACGGUGCUGCCCAUCAUGCUUCUCAUCACAUGUAUUUCAAUUACAAUUAUGGUCAAUUCUUCACCUUGUUCGAUCGUCUCUGCAGCUCUUACCGUCACCCCGAUCAAGAAUUAUUUGAUGCCGAACUCAAGAGGGAUCAGAAGCUGCAAAAAGAACGAGUUGGUGAAAUGGAGUUUAUGUUGAAAUCCGUUGAAGGGGAAGACGAUCGCACGUAUUCUGGCAAAAAAAAUGUUUGAAAGUUGUGUUUUUAGUUUUGUCAGAUUCUUUUGGUUUAUGUUAAUGAAGUUUUUUCCCUUGCCCCUAUCUCUUCUCUCUCUCUUCUCUCUCUUCUCUCUCUCCCUCUCUCCCUCUCUUCCUCUUAAAGCAGGCUAACAAGUUUAUUAAUAAGUAUUGACUAGAUAAAAAUCUAGUCAAAGUUGCUAGACAAGAACUUCCUAAUUAAAAUUUCUUGAUCAAUUAGUAACUUUUUUAUGGUAGGUAAGAUAGUUUGAGAAAGUAUCAAUAAUAAUUUACAAAUUGUUCUGUACACGUCUCAAGUUUCUCGUCAAAAAUACCUGUCCCUGAAGUGUACGAGUAUUAUGUUUUAUUUGUGUCCAACUGUUAGCUCUCAACCUGUCGAGGUUUAGUGAAUGAGAAUGGCAAUCACGAAUGCCAAAAGGACGAUUUCGAACAACUAAUACUUUGGUUUCAGAAACAUCUAGGUCGGGAAGGUUUACAGAUUCCAGUGGUUCUUUGAAAAAGCUAUCCAAAGUGGAAUUGAAUAAGUCCAAAUUAGAAAAUAAAGGCGUUUUUUGAAAGGUAGUAUCAAAUGCAAAUUCGAUGGCCUUAGCUUGAUCAACUGGUAUUAAAUUAAACAUAGAACAGUACAAAAUAAACCUUUUUCUGUUUAUUUAAAAUUUAACCAAAUAUUAUAGCACGAG